GUGAGUUUCGGUUUUCGUAGGCGUCCGACAGGCGUCCUUUUGUGACAAACAUGGCGUCGAGCCUGUUUCCGUCAGCUGCUACAGCGUCUGCCAUGGUGGCGUCUGCGAUGGCUUGCAGGCUGGCGGGGUCGCAACUUUUUGGCGCCUUCAAGCACGUUCACCCGCGUCGCAGUGCGCCGUUGGCACUGCUGCGAUCGUUUUGCGUGUCCGCCUACAGCAAUGGCGUCGGAAAGCACACGGGAACGCACGAAAUCAUUCUCACGAAGCAGCGCGCCCAGGACUUGAUCGUGAGACUCAAGCCCGAAGAGAGGAAGAUUCUCAUGGAAGAGCUGACGAUACACGUUGAGAAAACCGAGCAGAAUGGGAAAGGGACGAUGCCCACAGCUGCCCAGCUGAGGAUGAUAGCCAUUCACAAUGCCCUGCCAUUCUUGGGAUUUGGGUUCCUUGACAACUUCAUCAUGAUUGUAGCGGGUGACUACAUUGACACCACCAUUGGCAUUGGACUGGGCAUUUCAACAAUGGCAGCUGCCGGCCUGGGGAAUGCCAUAUCAGAUGCUGCUGGAAUCGGGUCUGCCUGGUACGUGGAGAAACUAGCAGUCAAGGUUGGUGUCCAGGCUCCGAGCCUGAGCCCUGCUCAGCUGGAAAUGGCUGCCACCCGAUGGAGUGCCAACAUUGGAAGAGCUGUUGGUGUCUUCCUGGGCUGCAUUUUGGGCAUGUUCCCGUUGUUGUUUCUCUCGUCGAAAGAGGACAUGAGGCAGAGAUCAGAAGGUCGCCAGUCGCAAGACAAGACGUCUACCAGUUGAGCUUCACUGCCAUCUCUCACCUUCUGCCGAACCUCCCGCCAAAGAAUGUUGACUUCCUGAGCGCUGCCUAAUCUAUCCGGCCUGCACGUCCAGCCUUCCUUCAACUGGGAAGCAUAUAGACUAUUACGCACCUCUCUGCCUUUCUUCUUGGCUGCUGGUGUCUCGUGGGCGGUGGGAGACCACUGACUGCAAGGCAUGCCGUAACUGACACUGUCUAUGAACUCUCUAUGUUUAAUAACGUCUUGUGAUCUCUGUGACAAGCCGUCUUGAUUGUGCACGUGUUUUAUGUGCCCACAUGUGCAGUGAUAUUGGUAACCUGUCAACAGCCAGCCUUGUCUCCAAGCUGCUGUCGUGUCUUUGGUAAGCGCAGGUCAGCUCAAGCUAGCUCUUGCAGGUCUCAUUGGCGUAACGCUCCCGGCCAAGCUGUUUUUUCCGCGAGUUGUUCAGAAUGAUGAUGGUUAAUCUCGCCCACAAAACAGGCGUGCCUGUUGCUUGGCCGGGUGUGCAUUGGUUCCAUUGUGGUAGCCGCUUGUAUGGGAAUGACGGGUUGUGGUUCACGCUGCGCAAAUUGUAAUGUGGUGAUAUUUGAACUGAAGGCUUUGAGCUGGUCUGUCAUCUUAUGUGUUGUUGAACACUGAAGGUUAACAUUUUCCACCAUUGCAUGUACUUAAAGCAUGAAUGCCUCUUGCAGACUGCCUAUCAUACUGAACUCUUGCAUGACUACGUGUGUGCUCCACAAGAGAUGUUUUGUCUCUCCAGAUUAGGUUGUGGCGCUAUUAGCUUACCAAUAGCAUAAUCAAAUCUAGGCACCGACAUAGAACAGCAUAGUAUAGGUAGCAGGAAAAGGUAUGAGUUCAUGAAACACCAGAUGCUAUUGUCCAUAUUUUACAUAUUUCCUCACUCUCUGAGGGCUACUGGGCAGUCAACCUCUUAGGCCACUGGUGUUGCAUUCAGUACAUUGAGUGCGGAAUUGUAAUGCCAUGGAAUCCAAAGCUGUGCAGCAUCUAGAAGUAACCAUCAGUUUAGGUAAUAUAUAGUGUAAUGUUGAGCAUGUUCUCUUAGCUUAUGUGACCAACUAGAUAUAGCUAUUAGCUCAGGUGCACUUUUCACUGUAAUGUUUACCAUUCAUGUUCACCUGUUCUAACCAUAUUUUAGGUUUCUUUGUGGCUUGCAUGUAGAAGGCCACUGAUUGAUUGGCCCAUGUAUCCUAGUGGUAAUAACUGCACUAGUCCUUUACAUAUUUUUUACCCUGUAAGAUAUUUGGGCUGAAUCGGUCAGCAACCCUAGCUGCCAUCUAAGCGACGGUGUGAAACUAUCGUCAACUAGUGACCUUUAAAAACUAUUCCAAGAGACGCCCCGGCUAACAUAUUCUCAAAUGUGGUGGAACAUGGCUGCUAUUUUUGUAUUGCCUUACGAUUACUUCUGCAGUGUACAGGAACAACUCAUUGAUGAAAUGUGCGUAAAAGCUAUUGAGAUUCCUGGCAUUUGAAAGAGAAACAUGUGGGUGUUUGCGCCACUGAUGCAUUUGUGAGGCUUAAACUUAAGUCUGUGGAUUCUUAACUAAUGUGGCUUGUUGGUUGGGUGUACAUCUGUCGUAUGAGUAGGGACAUACUGUAUCCAGGGCUGGCAUUUUCUAGCGAUGCUUUCUUCAAUGCUAUUCCUAUUUGGACUUCGUCAGUGGUCGGAACAAUGCUCUGCCCAUAUUGUCAGUGGUAUCAGCUGGCCAUGAACGGGAAGUGAUAAGUGCGGUAAUAAUCGCUGGAAAAUUGUGGCCUACGCCUCUAAAGGUCAUCCCAUUAUAAACAUUUCAUGUAGGACCAAUACUACAUCAAAAUCUGACAAGCUUAUGUGAUCAAAAAUGUAAGUACUGUUGUGAAAUGUCGCCUCACCUGGGAUUCAAGGAAUGAGGCAAUUAGCAUUGGAAGACACAUCAGAGCGACAGACUGAAAGUUGUUUCUUGUACAUAGAAGGGCAAUCUGUCUGUUAACUACUUAAAAGUGGUCACAACUAUGUGAAGUUUUGCAACUUGUACAGGCACAUUACAUUUUCCACAUGCUGUCACAUCUCGCGAAGUACGCCAGCUACAGUAGGUUGCCUCAAUUUAGAAAUGGAACACAGCACGAAAUGAAGAGGAUCAGUGCCCAUUCUCAAUAUUUCAUGUUGUAUAUCAUAUUUAGCAUGGGUAUAUCAUUUUUAGCAUGGAAAACAUGUCAAACACCUGAGCGUACUUUUUGUGUUCGCUCAUAGGCUGUUUUGGGUGCUUGCUUUGAAUAUUUAGGUGACACAGAUAGAUGGAGAUGGAUUUUGCAGAUAUGCAGCAUUAUAGUCAGUGUAGCCCACAAAGGGUAUUGAUCCACAUUAUGGUUCUUGAAUAAAAGGCAACAGGUUCUUGUUUCUGUUUAAGAAUUGCGCUUAAUGGCACACGAAAGAUAAAUGUUAAAUUAACUUAUACUGGUGAGUUACUCAUUAAAAAAACCUGCUUGUCUUUUCUGCUGAAAUAAUAAAUGUAGCUAAGAAAUUGCAGCUCAAACUUAGCUUCUCGAAGUUUACACCAUUACUGGAGCAGCAGUAAUAUCAGUGUGAUGUUGCAUAUGUCACUGCGUUUUCACAUGUUUUGGAUGCUUCCAUGCAGAAGAAAACGAGUUUGAAUGGUACACAAUCAUUCUUUAUUUUUAACCAACAAGCAACAAGCAGGCAUUGUCAGAAUCUAGGACACUACAUGGAGCUGAUGCACAAAUUGCACGGUUGUGUUUGUCACCCAUGUUUUGAUUUUGCGUCCUUUCCUCCUUGCUCCCAGUAGGACUCACCUGUUUGGUAUUCCAUGAGAACUUGUUCUUGGUCAAAAUGGUAUUUACUGAAAGACAUAUUUACUGCUAGAAAGACAAAUACACAGUAAGAAACGGACAAAUUUGAAAAUUACUGCCCAUGUUGUUUAUGUUUUAUACUGUGUAGUAUUCCUCUCUCUAGCCGCAAAUAUGACCUCUUGUCUUCCAGAACUGUAAUCUACCAAUCCUGCUUUACCCCACAAAGCCCAUGCACCACUCCUCGUCAAGAAAAAUUAGGACAAUUUGUUAACGUUUAUUCCUGGUCAUGGAAGGUGCAGUUCUACAAAAAAAAAAUUAAUGUGAGUAAACAUUAAUUAGUAAUUGGCUUCCUGAACUGUCACCUGCUGAAAACUCACUCCAGCUUAUCGAUAUCUUUCCUUGGCUCAUUCCUCAGUUUUGCAUCGCCACCAUUGGCAUUGCUGUCCGCAGCACAUCGAUUGGGAGAAGUGCAUGCAAUUCCGUGUGUGCUUCUAUCAAUGAGAGAGGAGAGUUUGAUCAUGCGACUCAGAGCUCGGGUCGCCACAACACCACCAGAUAGUGUUGCCUCUCGCACAUCAGGGGUAGCGGAACUCACUAAUUGUACCCAUAGUAUCGUACAAUUUUUGCUGUGGUGCGGUCCAGCCUCGAGGGCCUUUCCCUUCGUGAGUUGGAUGCAGCGUGGAGUUGGCCACGGUGGGCGUGUAUCUUUUGACGGCAGUGCCGGCAGCGAUGGCUUGCUCCGUGAGCAAGCCAUCGGAAAGGAGUGCAAGUUUAAGCCAGCAUGCUAUAAAACGUCCUUUAACCUGAAAUGUCAUAGAGGAAGCAGGACCUUCAGACCCUCAAGGCAGUUUGGCAAGCUUACGAUUGGGGAGCGAGAAUGCCCAGUCCACACCACAGCCAAUUUUUAAACAUUUGUGUUACACACUCGUAACUGCUGUUUGAGUUUUGUUAACUUUUCCAUGCCGUAAUGAAAAUGUCGAGGUGUCAAAUUCAGUAUGCUAAAAUGAUGCAUUGGGCUCUGUGGGGUCAAGUUGAUAUUUCUGUUUAGUGCCCCUUGAACUUGUAUACGCCUAAUGCUAGUGGCCCAGUACCUCCAUGCUUGCAUGCUCUGUGACUGCAAGCAAAUCAACAUUUAUAAUGCUCAAAAUCGCAUUCAGGUGCACAGGAAACACUUUGAUGCAUCAGAGCUGACAGCAUGUGAUGCAGUAAACAUACCUAAAUGCGUUGGCAGCUAACCAGCUACUAACUUGAUUUACUGGUGCAAUAAGGUUUAACUUGUUUCGAUGUCACAUUACGAUGGAUCGUUGUUUUGCCAUUUCUGGCAUCAGUUUUGUUCUAUGCAUUGAAUUUCUGCCAUACUAGGGGCCACACCGCCGAGAAGACUACCGAGUGAUUGCCACACUGAAUCAUGAGCUGACAUAUACAUUUCUCUCAAGCCCACAUUGCACGGAAACCUAGAAUGAUCAUCCCUAGGGAUGUUGCAAGUUUAUGUAGCUAUUUAUUGUGUUCUCACAUAUUCCUGUAAUGUUUAGUGUAGUGUGUAGAUGUGUUUGUGCGUAGAUCAGAGCUCAUGUCAUUCGACAUUCUUAGGCCUGCAUUUUACGGUAAUCUUUUAUUACGAUGCCUGCUCAGCUAUAUUGCAAUCAUUGCCAUGUUUUGGCUCAAAGGGAACAGUUCAGAGCUUGAAGAGGCUUAGACAUCGUAGCAUUGCAUGACAGUCUGUCUAUAAGCAGAAAGAUGCCAAGUUAAGCUAUAGGUGAGGUGGGAGAAUAGAGUACGAGGACGUGUAGAAUACUUAAGCAAUGUUACUAUUCUAGCAAGCAUCUUCAGGAAUGAGAGCUAGGAGGUUUUUAUAAAACUUGGUUAACACGACUCAGCGUAAUUAGGUAAAUGUAGUCUGAAGUCUGGUCAGUAAUGGUCUGUUUGGAUUUGCUUGCUCUGUGCACGUAAAUGCCUAUCUAAGAACCAGCAUUCUAAGCAGUGUGGCUGCCAUGUUGCCCCAAUACUAUAGUUUACAGACAAAAUGGAAAGCUGUGUGGAAGUGUGUGCUUUUCUGCAUUUUCCAUUGGUGCUGUAUGACUGCUUGAAAAUAACAGGCUGUUUAAAAGCAGAUGCUCCUUGCAUCUUGGUUUGUUAUUGUUCCCACAUUGAUGAAUUGUCCCAAUGAUUCAAUCUUGAUGCUGUUACACAAUUCAGAGUGUAAUUUUGUCCCGCUGUUGUCAACAUUGUACCUGUGCCCGUUCGCCUCCUCUGACAUGUAUGAAGUGCUUUCCUGUCAAAAGUUGCGGACAUGCAUGACAGAUGGUGAUGUAGGAUAAAAAUUGCUCCUUGGAGGGUGUAAUCUUGUUGACACUCCAAAAGGUGUAAAUGCUAUACCUGUAAGGCCGCAACAUUUUUAUGAGUGCUUAUCAUUGUGAGGUAAAAAUUGUUGCCCAUAGUGUAAUCACGUUCACAUCUCAAAAGGUUCAAAUGCUACACGUAUAAGAAUUCACUGUUUUUAUUGAAGCUUGUGAAGAUUUUGGAAAUACUGCAUCCCAGUGUUGUACUGACCGUGGCCAAGGUGGCUUUUGUUGUGUUCCAGUGUGCACCAAGAUUUAACAGUGCCUCUCUCUUGUAUUGUUGGGAGACACUGCAAUGAGAUUCCCGUCACAACCUUUGUGAUAAACAGGGUUCUUGCCAAGGAGAUACCUGAAAACCCUACCGGUAUGCAUUCAUAGCAUUUUUUUUUUGAGACGCUGUGAUGUCCAGAUGUUCACACUGGGUCACAAGUUAUGGGACUGAAUGCUGUAGUAUUUGGUGGUACAGCUUGUGUGGGACUCCUUUUCUUGGUUAAAAUUUACAUGUGAAAAAUAGAUGCCAUUUGCAGUUGCUUCUGUGGGCUGGUUAUUGAUGCAUUGGUUUACUAUAAUUUUAUAAUUGUUUGAUCCAGAGAGCUUUAAUUGGUAUUCUGUAUUUAGUAGCAUAUCUCCUAUUGCAAGUCAUGAAGCCUGUCAGUUUUGCGCCAUGAUGUUAUGUUCCAAGUUCCACAAUCCUGAACAUAUAAGCUUGCAUCGGGAGUGGGCACUUGAGCUUACACUUUUUUGUCAGGGUCGUUAUUAUGGAAUAUGGGGACUGCUGUAUUGCAUCUAUAGUUAAAGCUGUCCAUGCAAUUGCUACCUAAUCAGCCUGCGAGUUGUGAUAUCUUUUACCUGUGCUUGUUAAUAUAUGCAGUGUUCACCUAUUUUGCUGCUAAAAGAAAAUUAUAGCAUUGUCCCGAUGCUGUACGACACGUGUUUGACAGCAAUAUACCAUGACCAAACGUGCAUCAGAAUUCUGGUGCCUGUUCUCUUGUUGACACUGUGUAAUUGUAUGUGUUGUUAUUGUUAUAAUGUAUUUACCUCCUUCAUGGUUAUCGUGCACUCACAGCUCCAUUCUUGGAUAAGAGUCAUUUUGUUUUAUUUAUUAAAAAACUUGAUGUGUAAAAAAAAUAAGAAAAACAAGAUAAAAGCAUGCAGAUUUAUAAAACGUAUAGCAGCUAUUUAUAAGGUUACACCUGCACAUUCUGUUCUUGAAGUUCAGUGCACUGAUAAGACGAUGUAUUACCAGUGUGACUUUCAUAUUUUUGCAUAGGCAAUUGACUUUCUUUUUCUGGUGGAUAUUGGUGGUUUCUUUCUACGUGUGUGGGUUUAAGAAAUAGCCUUUUGUUGGUCAAAUAACAAAGUUUACAACUAGAAACAACAGUCGGCCUCUGAGGCGAGGCACACUUUUCUCGCUACUGUAAAACACAAUAAAGACGUAUGAACA